ACAUCUUAUACAUAUAUAUAUUUUUUUUUUGAACAAGCAAACAAAUCUUUCCAAGUCACAACUCAAUUUUCGGGCCAAAUCUACUAAAAUGAACAUCUUGCGAAAGGUUCGAGUGGGCCAGCUGAGAUCGACGACAGCUGCUGCUUCGAAAUGGUUUUCCGACCUAGCAAAGAGCCAGUGGAAGGCCAGGGCCGAGGGCAAGGAUAAGGGGAACAGGAAGGUUACCAUGAUCAAUGGCGAGGGCGUUGGCCCUGAAGUAAUGUGCGCCGUAAGACAGGUCCUCGAUGCGGCCAAGGCGCCCAUCGACUGGGAGAUCUUCGAGGAAUGCAAGUCACCCGAUAACGAGAAUGUACCAGCGCCGAUCCUUGAAUCAUUGGGCCGCAAUAAAGUCGGCAUCAAGGGUCCUGUGUCGAGUCGCCAAUGGCAGCGUCACAUUCGCAAGGCCUUCGAACAGUUCGCCUACGUAUCGAUCAUAAAGAGUUUGAAGGGCGUGGAUACCCCGUUCGGAGAAUUCGACGUCGUAAUGGUACGGGAUCAGAUGGAAGGCGAUUACUCCGGCAUCGAGCAUAAAGUGGUGCCGGGGGUGAUGCAAACGAUCAAGGUCAGUACCACAGCCGGUGCCCAGAGGAUCGCUAAAUUUGUCUUCGACUACGCCAUCCAAAACAAACGAUCUAAGGUCUCGGUGGCCCACAAGGCCAACAUUAUGCGGAUGACCGAUGGCAACUUUCUGGACGCCGUUCAUGAGGAGGCAAACAAGCAUGCGGGCAAGGUUCUCUUCGAGGAGCACUACCUGGACACAGUGAUCACCAAUCUACUGAUGAAGCCGUGCCAGAACGAUGUCGUUGUCUCGUCCAGUAUGUAUGGGGAUGUGAUGCGAGUCGUAAUGGGUGCCAUGAUGGGUGCUCCUGGCAUAACCCCCGGCUAUUCGGUCAGUGUCCUGGGACACGUUUUCGAGUGCCGCACGAAGGUCUAUUGUGAGUUGGUUGGCAAGGAUCAGGUGAAUCCAACCGGUUCCCUGCUCUCCGCCGCCCUCAUGUUGCGGCAUUUAAAGCUAUACGAUUUGGCCGAUUUGGUUGAGUGUGGAGUUCGCUCAGUGUUCACGGAUACCGAUAUACGCACCAAGGACCUUGGCGGAUCUGCCUCGUGCUCCGAGUUUGUUGAAGCUGUCUGCGACCAAAUAAAGUCAAGAAUGAGUUAGCUGUUCAGUUAAUCAUUUGUUUCCAUAUACUUAUUUAGAAGGCAGAAUCCGAACCGAUUACAAAAAUUAACAUUGUCGCUCAAAAUUGAAUGUCCCCUCACAGGACUAGUAUUUCUUUCUAAAUUCUUAUAGUUUAUGGGUCUUUGAACCUUAAUUAAAACUUAAUACUAGUCAAA